AUGGCUAAACCCACCGUCCUUCACCUAGGCGACGCCAUCAAGUACAACCACGACUUCUACAACAACGACUUUCUCGCCCGAUUCAAUGUCAUCCGGAACGAUGCCCUGGACCGGCCUUCAUUCAUCCAGGCCCUAAAGGAGAAACGGUACGGCGAUUUCGUGGCCAUCUUCCGACCGUUCUUCCAAACCGGGGGUGAGAUGGGCCAAUGGGACGACGAGCUCAUCGGAUUGUUACCACAGUCUGUACGCAUCUUUGCCUCUGCCGGCGCAGGAUUCAACUGGGCGGAUGUUGAGGCGCUUGGACGGCGCGGGAUCUGGUACGCGAACGGCGCCGGGGCAUCGGACGAAGCAGUGUCAGACACAACGCUGUAUAUGAUUCUGUCGGUUUUUAGGAACUUUACCCGCGCGCAGCUGGCUGCGAGAACGACUGAUCCUGAAGUUUUCACCGCGACCCAUAAGCUCAUUGCGACCAUUUCGCAGAACCCGCACGGGCAUAUCCUGGGUCUUGUAGGCCUGGGGAAUAUCAGCAAAAAGGUGGCGAGGAAAGCCCAGGCCAUUGGAAUGUCAAUCCAUUACUUUGAUGUUAUUCGACAGACACCAGAAGUAGAGAAGAGCUUGAACGUCACGUAUCAUAAUACGCUGGAGAGUCUACUGAAGGUGUCCGACUGUGUGUCGCUGCACACGCCGCUGAACCAGCAUACGAGGCAUAUGAUCAACAGCAAGACUCUGAAGCUGAUGAAGCCGGGCGCCAGACUGAUCAAUACCGCGCGUGGAGAAAUUGUGGACGAAGAGGCUCUGAUCCAGGGGCUGGAAGCAGGCUCGAUAUCGGCGGCCGGGCUGGACGUCCACUACCACGAACCGCAGGUCUCUCCUCGACUGGCCGCAAUGGAGAAUGUCACUUUGACUACGCAUAUCGGCGGCGGCGCUCUGAACACGCGUAUCAACUUUGAACUGACCGCCAUGAAAAAUAUCCUGGCGACGGUGGGACCCCAGGGCGAACUCAUUGGGGAGCCCUCCACUCCUGUCAACGCGAGAUAUGUGUUAGAAUAUCUAAAAUCCCACCAAUAG